AUGAUGAUGGAGGUUCUCAGAUGGAAGUAGCACAGAAAGAUAGUGCUGAGUCUUAUCCAGUGAACAGGAGACGUUCCAAUUGUGUUAAAGAGAUAGAGAGAUUGAAAAAGAACAGAGAGGAAAGAAGAGCACAACAACAAGAGCAAAGAGAAAUGAAACUUCGACUUCAGCAAGAGGUGGAUCCUGGAAAUCCUAAUUGGGAAUUUAUACAAAUGAUAAGGGAAUAUCAAAGUGAUUUAGAUUUUAAAGGGUUAACAAUGUCUGACCCGGUGAUGGACCAUCAGAUUUGUGUUUGUGUCCGCAAACGGCCUCUGUCAAAGAAAGAACUCACCAAAAAGGAAAUUGAUGUUAUCAUUGUACCCAAGGGUGAUUAUUGUGUGGUUCAUGAACCAAAACUGAAAGUUGACCUCACAAAAUACCUGGAGAAUCACAAAUUCUGGUUUGAUUACGCUUUUGACGAAAAUGCGAAUAAUGAAUUGGUAUACAGAUACACAGCCAAGCCGCUUGUGGACACGAUAUUUAACCAAGGAAUGGCGACUUGUUUUGCAUACGGCCAGACAGGCAGCGGAAAAACUCACACCAUGGGUGGUACUUUUACUGGGAAACAACAGGAUUGUACCAAAGGAAUUUAUGCUUUGGCAGCUACUGAUGUGUUCAAAUUGAGCAAAGCUCCCAAACACAAAAACAAGGAUCUUGUUAUUUCAGCAAGUUAUUUUGAGAUCUACGGUAGCAAGGUUUUCGAUUUACUCAACAAGCGGAAAAGAUUGAGAGUUUUGGAGGACGGCAAUCAGCAAGUUCAGGUCUGUGAGCUGGAGGAAAAAAUCGUAAAUUCAGUACAAGAUACACUGAAGCUUAUAGAGCUUGGUAACAAACUCAGAACAUCUGGGCAAACGUCAGCCAAUCAAAACUCGUCCCGUUCUCACGCUGUCUUUCAGAUUAUUUUAAGAAAGAGAGGGUACAGGAAAGAUGGUGGUGGAGGCCAACUCUAUGGAAAAUUCUCACUGAUUGACUUAGCAGGAAAUGAACGAGGAGCGGACACAUCAAACGCUGAUCGGCAAACGCGUCUCGAAGGCGCGGAAAUUAACAAGAGUUUACUGGCUCUGAAGGAAUGUAUUCGAGCUCUUGGACGCAAAGGAGCACAUCUUCCUUUCAGAGCCAGCAAACUUACACAGGUUCUGAGAGAUUCCUUCAUUGGUGAAAAAUCAAAGACUUGUAUGAUCGCAAUGAUUUCUCCUGGCAUGAGCUGCUGUGAACAUACACUGAAUACUUUGCGUUACGCAGACAGAGUCAAAGAGCUCGGUCCAGAGAGUAAUGCGAAGAAGAAAGCAGCACCUGCCGAUGGUGGACAUGAUGACACCAGCGCUGAAGACGUGUCGGCCCUCUCUGAUGGGAGACACCUUAACAAUGUGGAUCUUGCUCUUCUUUGCAACCACAGCGGCUCUGGUGAGCAGUCGCAAGAGCUUUACACGUUCCAUGAGGCAGUAUCACAGCUGCAAGAUGCAGAGGAUAAAUUAGUAGACGACCACAGGAAAAAUAUCGAGGAAACCAAAAUGCUUUUACAAGAAGAAGACAAGUUGAUCGAAAGAGUAGAUAUGGAUGUCGACUACAACAUGGAAGACUACGUGCGCCGAUUGGAUGAGCUGCUGUCCCAGAAGAUCGAAAAAUUCACGCAGUUACGAGAAAAAGUCAACAAGUUUAGAAAGCAACUCGAAGAGGAAGAAAUGGCGAGCAGGAAUAUUAGAAAACUACCAGGUUAUUAAGAGAAGUAAAAAUACCUGGAUACCCCCGGUGGGGUAGGGAGCUAUGCGAGCCCUACCAAGCAGACGACGGCGAAGGAAAUUUUAACGAAGGGAACAGUAUUUAAAAGAUUUAUUGCACAGUUCAAGAAGUGUGGAAGGUCUACGAUGUAAUAGGUGUUUUUUGCUAGUGGACUUGUAUAUUUAUUUAUUGCAUGGAAUCUUUGAGAGAAAUUGCUUUUUAACGAGUGAUAGGACAACAGAUAGUCGACCAUAGCGUAUUUUGAUUGAGUGUCGGUAAAUCUCAAAGAGAGGUAUCAAAGCGGCCAAUCAGAGCCGAAGAAAAUGUUUCAAGGAGCCAAUGGGAACUCAUUGCCAGAAGCGCGGGAAAACGCAUGUUGCUAAGUCGCUGCAUAUGAUUGGUUGAGAGGUUAUUGAGAAAAUGCCUCGACCAAUCACGGAGCGAAGAAAGCAAAGCCAACACAAUUUAGGAUUAUUAUUGACGUCGCUCAAUUAAAAUAAUUAUCUCUGAUGUUCGAUGUACUAUAUUGUUUUAAAAUGCGUUUGUAUAAAUGUUAGAUCACUGUUUGUUUCUUAUUUCACAGAACGAGAACUGUUUCAGUAUGUGAACAUACCGUCUCUUCACUCGCGUUUAAACUGAAUACCUUGCACUCAGCUUGUUGUUCUGUGUGAGAGAGAAGAAUGAAUAAACCUCCUAAGAGCAGA